AUCCUCGUUUCUCUGCUUUCCUGGCAGGCUGGUCUGGAUGGAGAAAACAUUGGAAACUGCCCCUUCUGCCAGCGCCUCUUCAUGGUGCUGUGGCUCAAAGGGGUCAAGUUCAAUGUCACCACAGUGGACAUGACCAGGAAACCUGAAGAGCUGAAAGAUUUAGCGCCGGGCACCAACCCACCGUUCUUGCUGUUCAACAAGGAGCUGAAAACAGACUUCAUUAAGAUCGAGGAGUUCCUGGAGCAGACCCUGGGCCCACCCACGUAUCCGCAUCUGAGCCCCAAGUACAAGGAGUCCUUCGACGUGGGGAGUGACAUCUUUGCCAAGUUCUCUGCAUACAUCAAGAACCCACGCAAGGAAGCAAAUAUCAAUUUCGAGAAGGCCCUGCUGCGGGAGUUCCAUCGGCUGGAUGUCUACCUGAACACUCCUCUCCCAGAGGAGAUUGACCAGGACAGUGUGGAGGACAUCACUGUCUCCAAGAGGAAAUUCCUGGAUGGAGACCACCUGACAUUGGCUGAUUGCAACCUCCUGCCCAAACUGCAUAUCAUCAAGAUUGCGGCCAAAAAGUACCGUGACUUCGAGAUCCCAGCGGACAUGACGGGCGUCUGGCGCUACCUCAACAACGCCUAUGCCUGCGAUGAGUUCAGCCACACGUGUCCCGCGGACGAGGAGAUAGAGCACACCUAUGCCAGCGUCGCCAGGAAGAUGACCUAGCCGCGCUGCAGG